CCCUUUCCGGAAGAGAGCCGAAAGAAGCCGCAAUAUCAACAUUCAUUGACAGAAUUUCUAAAUAACACAAUUUUAUAAAAAUUGCGGUGUUGGGUUCAGGAUGUCAGGACAGAAGCGUCCGUGUGACUCCAGCGCCCCCUCUUCCUCGUCCGGUGCGCCCCCCGAUAAACGGAGGGAGCGAGAUGGAGGAGAGGACGGGGUUCCCGGGGUCAGCGCUACUGCCGUGGAAACCGUCAUCAAACUCGGAGGGGUGUCCAACUCGGAGGAACAGGAUGUCAAAGCUCUCCAUGUGAAGAACAGGAAGUUGGGAGAAUCCCUCGAUCAAAGACAGGUGAUUGAGGAUGAGCUGAGAGAGAGAAUCGAGAGACUGGAGACUCGUCAGGCUACUGAUGAUGCCAGCCUACUGAUCCUGAACAGAUACUGGAAUCAGUUUGAUGACAAUGUGCGCCAGAUUGGCAGGCGCUACGACCAAUCAGGAAGCGAGCCUGUCGAAACCCCGGCAGGAGAGGGGCGGAGCCUGAAGCCUGACACCCCAGAACCGGACGGUGACUCCAACCAGGAGAGAGCCAAAGAUCGAGGCCAACAGGGAGAGACAACCACGUCCUUCCUGGCCACGCUGGCCAGCAGCAGCAGCGAGGAGAUGGAGGCAGAACUGCAGGAGAGGGUGGAGUCCAGCCAAAAGCAGGCCAACCGCGUAGUGGAGAUCUACGACAGCUUGAAGACCACCGUGGAGCAGCUGAAGAAGGACCAGGACUCUGGAGCAGAGGGCUCUGUGUGGCAGGUCGCUGUACAGCUCAACACCCUCCUGUCCAAUGAGAACGACCGGCUGCGUCAGCUGACCGAUGACCUCCAGCAGAAGCACAGUCACAUGACUAGCGAGUCUCGUUCUCUGGGGCGGGCGGUGGCGAGGGCAGACACACGGGUCAGUGAGCUGCAGGGCCUCAUCGAAGAACUCCAGUGGGACAUGGAGAAGAUCAGACGCAGAGAAACCCGCCUCAACACACACCUGGGAGAAAUCCUGGAGAGGGUGAACAGUAAAGGCUACAAGGUGUGUGGGGAGGCCAGCAGUGUGUGUGGAACCAUCACCAUCAACAAGAGAAAGUUUGAGGAGAUGAACAGUGAGUUGGAGGAGAACAGGGAGCUGGCGGAGAACCGUCUGAGCGAGCUGCAGCGGCUACAGCAGGACCUGCAGACGGUCAACCAGGAGAACAACAACAUGAAGGUGGAGUUGUUGAGUCGUGCUGAAGGGGUGGUAAGGGAGAGCUCAGAGUACCGCUGUCUCCAGUCCCAGUUCUCUGUCCUCUACAAUGAGUCUGUGGGCCUUAAGUCUCAGCUGGACGAGACGCGCACACGCCUCAACACCACCAGAACGGCACGCCUCCGACAGCUAGAGCACAUGGAGAAUGAUGAGGUGUCUCUCCAGAGGAAGGUCCGUACAGAGGUGUUCCAGCUGGAGGACACUCUGGCCCAGGUCAGGAAGGAGUACGAGAUGCUCCGGAUCGAGUUUGAACAGACCCUCGCUGCCAAUGAACAAGCAGGUCCUAUCAACAGGGAGAUGCGUCACCUGAUCAGCACACUGCAGACACACAACCAGCAGAUGAAGGGAGAGGUGGUGAAAUACAAGCUGAGACUGAGGGAGGCACAGACUGACCUCAGCCAGGCUCGCACUACGAAGGGCAGCGCUAUCCUCCAAUCACAAUCCAGUACGGAGCUGGAUGUGAAGGAAGAGACCACCUCCCCCCUGACGCCUGCUGCCUCUGGUGAUGUCACCAUCAAGGUGGAGUCUGACAAUGGUUCAGCCACGCCCAACAGCACUAGUACCUCUUUGAAGACAGAGCCUGGGACGGAGACAGAGGGAGAAAUCAAAGAGGAGGAGAAAGAGAAGGAAGUGAAGAAAGAGGAGAAGAAGGAGAGAGAGAAGGAGAGAGAGAGGCCAACCCGUGGAGGGGGUGGGGCCGUGAAGGAGGAGAAGGAGAAGGCUGGGACCAGCAACCAAUCGGAGGAGGUGGCUCUGGAGCGCCCGUCUGUGAUUGGAGGACCAAAGAGGAAGGAGGUGGAGCAACUAAAAAUUGUCAGGGCGGACCUAAAGAAAGCCCAGGAGUCUCAGAGGGAGAUGAAACUACUGUUGGAUAUGUACCGGUCAGCACCCAAAGAGCAGAGGGACAAGGUCCAGCUCAUGGCCGCUGAGAAGAAGGCCAAGUCAGAGGCGGAGGAGCUGAAGCAGCGUCUCAGGGAUCUGGAGGAGAGGGAGAGGAGAGAGGGGAAGAAGAUGGCCGACGAGGAGGCACUGAGGAAGAUCCGUUCUGUGGAGGAACAGAUCAACAUCCUCAAUAAGAAGCUCUCCCUGGCCAAGCAGGAGGAUGCGUUGCUGAGUGAGAUGGAUGUGACGGGCCAGGCUUUUGAGGACAUGCAGGAGCAGAACAUCCGGCUGAUGCAGCAGUUGAGGGAGAAGGAUGACGCCAACUUCAAGCUGAUGUCGGAACGCAUUAAGUCCAACCAGAUCCACAAGCUGCUCAAGGAGGAGAAGGAGGAACUCGCCGACCAGCUGCUUACGCUCAAAACACAGGUGGAUGCCCAGCUGCAGGUGGUGAGGAAGCUGGAGGAGAAAGAGCGCCUCCUCCAGGGCACCAUCAGUACAGCAGAGAGAGAGCUGGCUCUGAGGACACAGGCUCUGGACAUGAACAAACGCAAGACCCAGGAGUCAUCGGUGCUGUCGGAGGAGGUGCGUAGUCAGCUGGACCAGGUGCAGCAGAGACUGGGAACCGUCAGGGAGGAGGUCAUAGAAAACAGCAUCUCCAGAGAGAAGGAGUCCUUCAACGCGCGCCGCGCACAGGAGGACAUCUCCAAACUGCGGAGGAAGAUCGAGAAGGCCAAGAAACCAGCCGAGACCGUCCGCAACGGAGACGACAUCCUCAACGAGGAAAUCAACGAUUACAAGGCGCGUCUGACGUGCCCGUGCUGUAACUCCCGGGUAAAGGACGCCGUCCUGACCAAGUGUUUCCACGUCUUCUGCUUCGAGUGUGUAAAGACGCGCUACGACACGCGCCAGAGGAAGUGCCCCAAGUGCAACGCCGCCUUCGGCGCCAACGACUUCCACCGCAUCUACAUCGGCUAGAGAGGGUGGAGGAAGAGGGGGAGGAAGGGAGCGUAGGGGGUAGGAUAGUGGUGCCGAGAGGUCAGCGGUAUCCACACACCGGGCGUUCUCUCCAAUAAAACUGUUAUCACCACUCUAAAGAGUGAGGUGGAAUGAGACUAGAAAUCUGAGAGGUUUGAUGGACAUGUAAUCGUUACGGGAAUCUAUCCACCUUGCUCUCUGAUAGGCUAUGUGGAGUUGCUGACACCUAUUCAGUACUCUCGGAUCUCCACAAUAGUGGUGGGGGCUAAGGGUUGUUUCUGGAUUGGUGUACAUUACAUUGUCUUAUAGCACCCCAGACAUGGUUAUAUUUGCUGGCUGUGCACUGCCUGCCUGGCUGGAAGAAAAGACUAUAGGAGAGACUGCCUGUCUGGCUGGAAGAAAAGACUAUACGAGAGACUGCCUGUCUGGCUGGAAGAAAAGACUAUAGGAGAGACUGCCUGGCUGGCUGGAAGAAAAGACUAUAGGAGAGACUGCCUGGCUGGCUGGAAGAAAAGACUAUAGGAGAGACUGCCUGGCUGGCUGGAAGAAAAGCCU